CUGCUGCCGUGUGCGGAACAGACAAAGCGGUGUGACAGUCGCUCGAAAGUGACGACGAGGAGAAGCUGGUGUUGUUUUGCUGGCGGCGCGCAGCUCUGCAGCGCCGCUGCUGGUGUGGAGUGCAACGUUAGACUAGCCGGGGCCUUAGCUAACGUUACUGUGAGACGUUUAGUUACACAAAUAACCACCAUGGUGUUAAAAUAGUGUGUAAAUAACAACAAGAAAAACUGGAAAAGUAUAGCAGCACUAUUGGGUUACUACCACUAACACCACUAGUAUCACUACUACUAUAUUAGCUACUACAACUGCUAGCUAGAAGCAACUAACUUACAACUGCCAGGAUGCUCACAUAAAUGCUAAGUAACGGUAAUGCUAAUACUUUAAUAGCAACGGUUAUCUUAAUGCUAUUCAUGCUAAUGACACUGAUGCUAACUAGCACUAAAGUUGAAAACGCUACUAACAAGCAUGCUCAUGAUACAUAAUGAUUGAAUGAAUGUUGAUGUUACACAAUAUUACUUAAUGUGCUAAUACUCUGUAGUUAACGACAAAAAAAUAACUGAAACGCUAACGAUAAUUAGCGUUAUAUUAAAAUGCGAAACGCCGGUGCUAAUAGGAUCAUAAUGCUUUUGCAAAUGAUGCUAACCGCUAAUCAAUUGAACGAUUCUAACUCCAGUUAAUGAUGCAAUCAAUAAUACAAUCAGUAAUACUAAAAAUAUAAUGCUAAAGCCAUUUCCAAUUUAAAUAAAACUUACAAUUUAAAUAGGUUACGUCAAUGAAACACAUAAAGACAUUACUAAAGAAACAAGUUCAAAUAAAAAUAGAAGGAAAAUGAGUAUUAAAAGUAGAAUGCUGCCUUUUUCUUAUAGGUAACGUUAAGCCUAAAAAACAGUUUCAUUACCCAGGACAAUAGACUUUCCUACCUGACAGCCAGAAACUCAGCCAAGAAAGUGACAAAACUAUUUGCAAGUCUGAUGAUUUGUGCACACUGAAUCUGGAUGCCUUCUGGUUUUACCACAUCUUUCCUGCUGUUGUCAUUUGCAGGAAUGAAGUUGAGCCACUCCCCUCACCUGACUGGUAUUUGCUUGCAUUGCCCUCAGGGCAGUGGGUGUAGACUGAGGCCUCUCAGGUGUCUUUGAGCUCCUGAGUCAUCUGCCAAUCACAAAGGGUCUUUUCUUCCUCUUUGCUGCAACUCAGCAGCUUUCUCCUUUUAUCCCUCCUCUGAAUUCUCCCCUUUUUCUCUCCUAGCUGAAUCUGCAGAGAGACGAGCAAGACGGAGGGGGAGACGGAAGUCUGAUCUUGAUCUAUUCAAAAUGGACAGGAAGCACAAAGAAGGAAGAGGACCGGGUCCAGACUAGGACUUGUGACUUGCAUGUAUUGUGUAUGUGACACCACAGACUAAAAAGCUGCCUGGCUUAAAGAGAGUGUGGAUGUGAGGCUUGUUUGUUGUGCGCAGCAGGUUCAGACACAAUCAACUGAGGGGGUAAUUGUAUGCUUGUGUGUAUGUAUGUGUGCGAGUGAAUGAGAAGGCAGUGCUCUUUGACAGUGCAACAGAGUUGUGUGUCUCUCCCUCCCACAAGACCUGACUUAAAACCUCACAAGCUGGCUGAUCAUAUGAUGUUGCUGCAGAGAGCCUGAAGGGUGGAACUGAGAAGUGAGCACCCACACAGGAAAUGUGGUCAAGGUCUGUCCCGGAUGUUGGUUGCAUGACGUGAAUUAUGAAGAUAGAGAGAGAGAUAUAUAAAAAAAAGUGUAACAGAAAGGGAGUUGUAGAUGAAGAUCUGUGAAUGGGGCUAUUGGAGUCGGUAUCACACUUCAGGAUCUUACAUUUAUGUGACCUUACAAGAUGAUCAUCCUUCUUACAGCAGAGGAGGACAUUUUGUAGCCUGACAGCAUUUACAGCUACAACAUCUUUCACCCACAAACACCCCGACAGCUACACUGACUGAGGGAGACGCUCAUGGAGGAAGAAAAUUUGAGCUCCUCUCUGCCAGAUAUUACAGAUUCAGUCCUUCAACAGCCUCAGCAAGACUCAUAUACCUCUACAGACCACCCAUACAUCAAUGGAGAACAGGAGGCUAUUGUGUCAGAGGUGCAGAUAAAUGAGGAACACGGGACAGAACAGCUUCAUGUCUCCCUAAAGGGAGGACAGGAGAGUCCUGAGGAGGCUGGACAGGAGAAUCUUGAGGAGGCUGGACAGGAGAAUCCUGAGGAGGCUGGACAGGAGAAUGUUGAGGAGGCUGGACAGGAGAAUCCUGAGGAGGCUGAGCAGGAGAAUGCUGAGGAGCCUGAGCAGUGGGAGCAAAUAAUAUGGCCGGUGCGCCCCAUGAGCAUUACCACUGCUCCACUUUCCUUUGCCACAGUGCAGUGGGACAUGCCCGAUACUGCCUCAGAGACGCCCUCUCUCAUAAUUGACAGCAGCUUAGCCAAUGAGCUGGACUCUGGCAGUGUGAUGAGUAGAGACACCACUUCCCCGUCACUUCAGCAAUCUCAAGACGUUAAUGCUGAGCUUUUAACACAAGAGGACCGAGAGGAGCAGGAUGGGAGUGAAUCGUGGCUUUUUCUGAACUCAGAUCAAGAAUUCGCUGGAAAUGGCUCUGAGCCAUGUGAUGCUGUAGAUGUGCAAGAGGCAGCAACACAGGAAAAGGAAGACUCAACGCAUGAGCUGUUAGAUGGCAACAGUGAUCCUCCAGAUACCCCUCUAAGGACAGAUUCAGAAGAAGAGCAAGGACACUCAGAUGCGUCAGACGCCGUUGAAACUGUGGACUUAAUUGAUAUUCUUGAGGAUAUCGAAAGCUCGGAGGAUGACACGGACAGUAUUAUAGAUUUAAGACCAGAAGCACAACAGGAUCUAGACGUUCUGUCUAGUGAGACAGACUCAGAGGAAGAGAAAACUUCGGUUAAUAGUGUCAAGACUGAAGAAGACAGGGAGGAAGGAGGCGUGGUUGAAGAGGAGCCAAGUGAGACAAACUUGUCCUGUAAUGAAGAAAGUGGAGAGGAAAACACUGUUAGCUGUCUGAAUGAUGUGGAGGCUCCUAUAGAGCCGCAACCAACUGACAAUACUGGACUAGCUAUAAACCCAGAUAAGCUAAUUAAUUUGCAACAGUCAGAUAUUUCGGAGGAAAGUCUGCACUCUGGGACUGAAGAGGACAUAGAGGUAAUAGAACGGUCACAUGAAGAUCCUGCAAGUCAGACUGAAGAGCCAGAAAUGUGCGAAGAUGUAGAUGAGGAGGUGGACCCUGAACAGUUAGAGGCUGCUCAACAACAGGACAACAACGAAGAACCAUCGAUACAGGAGGCAGAUAAUGCAGAGAGGAUAGAAAACUCUCAAGAGAUACCAGAGCUGACUGAAAAACCGGAGAGUACAGGUUGUUCAGAGCAACAAGAUUGUGACCAAACGACUCCACAGGAGGUAGAGCCGACAGUGCAGCCUGAACACGCAGAGUCCGAGCAGCUCACGUUGACUGAAGAGUCUGAGCAGAUCCAGGCAGAGGAGCAGCACUGUGAAGAGUCUGACCAGUCGCAACAUCUGGAAGAGUCACCACAAAUGGAAACAACAGAACAGUCAGCCCAAACUGGAAAUUCUGACCAGGUAGACGACUCCACUCAGUCAGAGCAGACAGUUUGUGUCGAAGCAAAAGACCCUGAAGUGGCAGAGCAGCAAGAACAGACGGAGCCAUCAGAGCAGAAUGAGCAGUCGCUGCAAACGACCGACUUGUCUCAGCCAGCACUUUCGGAGCAGUUUGUGGAACCAGACAAGACAGAUGAGUCAGAAAUAACAAAACAGCUGUCUACUGAAACAGAGGUUGCACAGCAGACAGCAGAGGCUGAGUUAAAUCAGAAGACGUCUAAUCAGGCUGAAGAAGUGGGAGGAACAGUUUUGGCAAACGGUGAGCAACCCAAACCCACAGAGACAGCGGUGCCCCAUAUGAAUGGAGGUGAUAUGGAGAAAGACAUGGCCCGUCGCCUUGCUGAGCGGCUCCAUAAGCUGGACGGGAUCCAACGUGUAGAUGUGGUGAAGCACAUAGACAAAGAUAAUGACUUCAGUCGCUCUGUCGGAGAGGAAUACCUCAAAUUUUUUGACUUCACCGGGCAAACUCUGGAUCAUGCCUUGAGGUCUUUUCUGAAAGUGGUUAUACUGAUAGGAGAGACCCAGGAGAGAGAGCGAGUGCUGCAGCAUUUCUCCUGCCGCUUCCAUCAGUGCAACCCGGACGCCUUUUCCUCUUCAGAGGCUGUGUUGGCUCUCACAUGUGCUUUGAUGCUUCUCAACACUGACUUGCAUGGACAGAAUGUAGGAAAAUGCAUGUCCUCCUCUAAGUUUGUGUCCAACCUGGAUGGGAUGAAUGAUGGGGAAAACUACAGCAAAGACCUCCUGAAAAGUCUUUACAAUUCCAUUAAGAGUGAACCACUGGAAUGGGCUGUUGAUGAGGAGGAGCUGAGGAGCUCCGUGUUUUCAGAGGACGGCACGGAUGACGCAACGCUGCGGUCAAAGAGUAACCCCUUCCAGGAUGUUCCACAUGACAAGAAGGCCUCAGUGGUCAAACAGGGUUUCCUGCAGAGAAAGCUCCACGCCGAUAUCGAUGGCAAACGCACUCCGUGGGGGAAGAGAAGCUGGAAGACUUUCUGUGGAGUGCUAAAGGGAAUGGUCCUCUACUUACAGAAGGAUGAUUAUAGGAAGGAUCAGCAGAUUAAUGAGGAAGUGGUGAGCGUGCACCACUCCCUGGCAGAGCAGGCAGCCGACUACACCAAGAAGCCGCACGUCUUCCGUCUGCAGACUGCUGACUGGAGGGUUUUCCUCUUUCAGGCCUCAUCCAAAGUGGAGAUGAAUUCAUGGAUCAGCCGCAUUAACCUGGUUUCGGCUCUUCACUCCUCGCCUCCGUUCCCUGCAGCUGUCGGCUCCCAGAGGAGGUUCUGCAGACCGAUCCUGCCCGCCUCACAGUCUGCUCAGACUCUGGAGCGUCAGCUGCAGUCUCAUGCAAGAAUGCUGGAGUCCUUCAAAGCAGACCUGUUGUACCUGCAGGAGAACCAACCAGAGAGCAAGAAAGCCAAAGCCAAGGAGCUGGAGGAGCGUCGUGUCAGAGCGGAGUACUUGCAGCACGAGAUGUGUCGAUAUGAGAUCUACAUCCAGAUGCUAGAGGCCUGGAAGAGCUUGAAUAAGACAGAUGACAGCGCGUUGAGCACCACAGACCUGAGCCUGUUUGAUAAAGCCGUGUGUGCAGACUCUGCGGGCGAGGAGGAGGACGAGGAAGGCGGGCUGAAAAGGGCCUACUCCAGCCCUUCUUUGGAGCUGGAGACGGCUGCUCCAACUGUGAUCAAAGUCAGACGCAAUAUCUCUGAAAGACGGACUUAUCGCAAGGCCAUCAUUCCCCGAUUGCAGAAAGAGGUCUGAAAAGUGAUAACUUGACUUGUUUAUGGUACUUUGAAAAUGCUGAUUUUACAUAUUUCUGUCUUGAGCAGAUGGGACCUUUAGUUUUUACAGCUUGAAAUGAUUUGUGGAAGCAGAGAAAGUCACAUCUGUCUCAGCAAGUUAUUCUUUGUCUCAGUUUUUCAGCAUUUUUAGCUUGUGCACUUUUAGAAAAAUAAACCUCAGGGAAUCCUGAACCUUCAGAGGAAAGGGGAGAACCUGACUCAUUGGUCGAAUGACUCAGAAUAUCUGGACCUAAUUUAUUUACUUUUGUUAUGACUCGGGUCUGGUGGUUUCAUUUGUUUUAUGUUAUGCAAAACUGUGCCUUCACAAUGUAAACCACAAGAGGGAGCUGUAGCACAGGAUAUCUCGGAGUGAAUGUAGGGGACAGGAUGUGCUGUCAGUUACUGAUUGUGUCCUAUUUGCACUUUUGCUAUUUUAGAUAUUGUGUAUAAAAAUGUUCAUUUGUCACAUUUAUUUUGUUCAUAUGAAGGUUUUAUUUCCUAAAUGUUGUGUAUUUGUUUCUGUUUGGGGAAAAACAGACAGUUAUUCAAUAUUGGAGAGACUGGUGAUGAUAUAAACACUUGUGUUCUCAGGGCCUGUAAUUCAGUUGUUUUGCUUCCCUUAUUUGAUGACAGUAAAUUGCAGUCAUUCAAACUUUCGUUACUUGGAUACAGGUUUUGUGAGCUGUCAUAUCAGAAUAUCUGCAAAAAAAAAAAGGCUUGAAGUGUGUACAAGAUAUGUAAUAAAAGAUGAAGAAGCUUGAUUUUUUUCAGCAAAAGUCAGUAUUAAAAUGUUGCUUUUGUAACAUCGUCA